AACACUCGAAGGUGUUUUUAUACCUCCCACCCCCCUUCAGCCCUCCAGUCCACCCCCACCCACCCACUCACUUCUACCCUAGCUAGAGCUGAACGUAUAGUUUUGAAAAGAAAAUACACAUAUAGCCCGUUUUCGUUUUGUGUAGUGGGGGAUGAGGAUAGUGGGGAUGGAGAAGAAAGAGCCCAAGGAUAGAGAACGAAUCAAUGCCGUUCUCAAGAUCCUGAUGAAGCAAGCUCCGCUGACUAUGAAGCAGGAGAAGUUCUGCAACGACGGGUGCGUGGAGAGGUUUCUGAAGGCGAGAGGACACAACGUGAAGAAGGCGGCGAAGCAUCUCAGGGGCGUUCUUUCCUGGAGAGACUCCAUCGGAACCGAGCAUUUAAUCGCCGACGAGUUCUCCGCCGAGCUGGCCGACGGCGUUGCUCACGUGGCGGGUCACGACGACGAGGCCAGGCCUGUCAUGGUCUUUCGGAUCAAGCAAGACUAUCCCAAGAUUUAUUCUCAGAAAUCGUUUGUGCGAUUGCUGGUUUUCACCCUAGAAGUCGCCGUCUCCUCCAUGUCCAGAUUUGUGGACCAGUUUGUACUCCUCUUUGAUGCCAGCUUUUUCAGGUCGGGCUCUACUUUCUUGAACUUGUUUAUUGGCACCUUGAAGAUCAUCGCCGACUACUACCCCGGUCGCCUCUACCGAGCUUUCGUCAUCGAUCCUCCCCCUGUCUUCUCUCUCCUCUGGAAGGGAGUGCGUCCGUUUGUGGAGCUGGCGUCGGUGACCGCGGUGGUGAGCUCUGUGGACUACCUGGAGGACUCGACGUCGACACUGGGGACGGCUGCCGGCGGCGUGGAGAGCUGCAGCUUCAUCGGGUCGCACCCGCGGACGGCCUCACUCCGCUUGGAGUCAUCCGCUCUGACAACAAAGCCGUCAGUCGGCUCCACCUCCAACCGCUUCUCCUUCACCGUCUCCCGCUUCGACUCCCUCAAGCCCUGGUACCUCUCCACCUCCACCUCCACCUCCACCUCCGCCACCUCGAACCGCAUCGCCAGCCCCUCGCUCGUCGGCGCGUCUCCGCUCAGCGCGCGCUCCUUCUCCUUCGCCUCCCCCGCCGCCCGUUCCGGCAGCACUCCACGCACCCCCUGCCCCUCCUCGUCGAUGUCCUCUCGAAAGCAGCAGCAGCAGCAGCAGACUGCAAGGCAGCAGCCACGGACGCCGCUGCCGUCGUUCCUGCAGUCCCCGGCGAUGCUGUUCAAUGCGAAAAGCCGAGCUGGGGUUAGGGAUCGGGAGAGGGAGGGGGAGAGGGAGAGGGAUGCUUUCCUCCCCUUCUUGAGGUUCUACCGGAAGCCCUACGACGAGAAGCUCUACCGCGCCAAGAUGCGUCCGCCCCUCGGCGGCCUCAUCUCCAUCGUCUCUAAUUCCCACACACUCAAGCGGCCACAGCAGCAGCAGCAGCAGCAGCAGCGGCAGCACGGUGGGACCGCCCUCCUACACCACUACCAGAGGUUCUAACAAGCACUAGCUAGUGCUGAUGCUGCACCAAAAGAAUAUAUUGGGUGGGUCUCCAAAAUAUUACUCUUUUCACUCUUUUCCAUAUAUUCUACUUGUGCUCGCUCUAUUUCGCUACAUCUACGCAUGCAUGCAAGUGCUUCAGCUCUCUUUUAACUUGCGAGUUUUAACAUUCGUAAACCAAUGUACAAAUAAGUAUCGAUCCAUCGUGACGAAAAUAAAUCGUGUUUCUGUACGCGCAGUUCGCUUUCGUAUAUUGUUAAUUUGUUUAUUAUA